UGACAUUGCUGUGAAAAGCCUUUGUCCAUUAUGAGCUGGGUGUGCUUGUGGCUGAGGCAGUCUUGGCUGUUGCCAAAACAUAGAUGCGUAUUCUAAUCCGGGCACUUCGUCCUCACUCGGUUCAUGACUGUCCCUAUCUCUAUCUUUGUCAUUACUGUACCAGGAUUCAUUUCCCUCUUUGCCCUUCCUGCUGCUUCGUUUUUUACUCCUCCUGGGUUGAUUGGCAAACACAGAUUCAUUUGGAUUUCUCGAAUUCGACGAUCUGACAUGAAAAUGCGUUUAGAAUCGUAACUGGAAUUUUUUAAGUCGUAACAAGUGAUAUACCCACCUCUUGUUCAUGUUAGCUGGAAUCUAACGUGAUUCCUUAGGCACUUAAAGGUUACGUUCGGUGGGACACUGUACAAAUUAAUUAGGACAUUAGGAUGAAAAAUCACGAAAACUUUGACCCUGAAUGAAAUCAAGUUUCACCGUUUAAUCUGCGAAUUCAUUAGACGUCACAGAUGACCAUCAUGGGCGCCGCCAUUAUGUCUUGUUUAAAUCCCCGCACUAUAGCGGGUAACAAUCGAACUUCUGAGAUAUUCAAACUUGACAAAUAAAUGCGAAAAAUUGCACAAAAUACUUGCGUUUAAUGGAGCAAUUUUUCGCGCUCGGUACCAUUGGGGCCCCCCUUUUGCUAUUAUAUAAUUCAGUAUGAGCUAGCUACUCAGUCAUAGCCGCGUUUUUCAACUUUUUUUUAUCAACUUAACGUCGAUCGCAACGUCGAGGCGGAAAAGGCGACCCCGAUAUAUAUCGAGUUCGUUCUUCGACCUAACCUAUAAACCAUUGUUGUGUUGUAAGCCACCUACGCACAUCUCAUAAGUAGGUGCAUAUAUCUGCUGUUAUCCAUUGUAUUGUGGGGGUUGGACGUAUUGGACGUCGUUGUGCGCUUGUGCCAAUGACAGUACAAUCUAAGUAGUUCGAUGCUCUUUAACCAAACUCCUUGAAGAAGUCGAAGAACUGAUAUGGAUAAACCCUGUUAAUCGGCGCUUCAAUCAGGGCUGAUAAAAAGUGAAGCCUUAUUUCCAUUCGUGCUCAAUAGUCGUCCAUAUAAAUCAAAAUGGGGAACCGUUCUAGCCUACUUUUACGUGAGGAGGAAAUUGCUCAAAUACAAGAAGCUACUGGAUUUACUCCCAAUCAAAUAGAACGACUGUACAGUCGCUUUACCAGCUUAGAUCGUGGAGAUUGCGGUACUCUCAGCAGAGAAGAUUUUUUGAGGAUUCCUGAAUUGGCUAUAAAUCCUCUUGGAGACAGGAUUGUUAAUGCAUUUUUUGAAGAAAGCAGUAGUGAUAGAGUCAAUUUUCUUCAAUUUAUGCAAGUCCUUGCACACUUUAGACCUAUCAAGAAGAAUGUUCCAAACACUUUGAAUUCCAGAGAAGAAAAACUAAGAUUUGCCUUUAAAAUGUAUGAUUUGGACAAUGAUGAUAUGAUAUCUAAAGAUGAACUCUUGGCCAUAUUGCACAUGAUGGUUGGUGCUAAUAUAAGUGAAGAGCAGCUUUCAAGUAUAGCAGAACGAACACUUUCUGAAGCUGAUGUUGAUGGCGAUAACAUGAUUAAUUUUGAUGAAUUUUGCAAAGCACUAGAGCGAACUGAUGUUGAACAAAAAAUGUCAAUAAGGUUUCUUAGUUAAAUUUGUGAUUCUUCUAUAAGAUAGCACAAAAUCUAAUAUUUAAUAUAGCCUGACAUAAAUUAUGGGAGUGGGAAAUAUUUUUGACUUUUGAAGCAGCUAAUAUUUAUUUUGGUGUUGAGCAUUAAAAAUGUAAAAACAGUUUGUAUUAUAUUUAGAGAUAGAAACUGUGCAUAAUGUAUAUUUUCUACUAGAAUUUGAAUUUUUUUUAAUUUUAAUUUUAAAUAAUCAGCGCGCAAAUAUUUUACAUAUAAUUAUAUGGGUUUUGUAAUACUACAAGCGUGCUGUUAGUAUUUAUUUUUUAAAAAACAACUCUACACUUUUAGCAAAAUAUGCUACUAGAACAGUGCCUAUGUUCUCUAGCAAUUUUUGUUGUACUUAUGUAUGUACAUGUACAAUAUACUCAAAAUUGUAAAAUUAUGCAAUUAAAUUACUUGUAGAUAUACAAUUUCUAUUUGUAUUUAAUCUUUUCUCAAAUAAAAACAAAUCAACAUAA